GGUUGGGCCGCCUUUAGAAUUCGGUCCGAUAACCGAACCGAACCAAGCGAGUCGGUGGGAGCACGUAAAAGGCGAUGCGUGAUCUGGGAGAGAGGGUUUGAAGAAGACCAGAAGGGAAGCGCCGCCCCCUUCACCCGUCCGCCAUGGUCGCUUCCUCUUCCUCGUCUUCGGAUUCUUCGUAUUCCUCCUCCUCCUACUCAUCCGACUCCUCUUCUGUCCGUGAUCGCCGCCGCCGCCGCCGCCGUCGCCGUGAGGGCAGAGACGCCGUCAGGGUUCGCAAGGAUCACCGGUCUCGAGGGAAGCGGAGGCGGAGGCACCGAUCUCCCAGCGAUUCCUUUUCUUCUUAUACCAGUAGUUACAGUAGUGAGAGCUCCUCUAACAGUGAAUAUGAGGCAUCAAAUCGAUCGAGGAAGCACAAACAUAGUGAAAGAUCAAAGAAGACCAAGGAGAAUGACCGAAGCAAGAGGCACAAACGCCACAAACAGAAACAUAAAGAGAAGCUGCAAACUGAGCGGUGCGGCAGCCCUGUCCAGCUUUCAAAGUUCCUUGGCCGUGCCAAAGAGGAUGGUGUUCGGCGCAGUGCUGUGUCCGGCAAAAAGAUUAUGUUGAAGCUUGAGAAAACAAAGGAAGACAAGUUAGCAGAAAGCAACCGCAAUGAGUUGCUGAAGUUUCUGAAUGCUAGCUAUGAUUGAUAAGUGGGGAUGAUGGCAUCAUUAUUUAUGCAGAAACGAAGAAGUGUUUGAACAAACUGUUGUGAAAGUAGUUGCUGCAUAUGAUUCAUUACAAUAUACGAACUUCUUCAGAAAAUGUAUGCAUGUUCUGUUUUCUUCCUUAUAUGGAGCAUUAAAUCUUAUUUUAUCUUGUAGCUGCAUUGUACGAAUUAUUUCAUGUGUGUUAUAGCUAAAUUUCUUCUUUUUGUCACCAACCUCUUCAGUUAUAUGGAUCACUCCAUGUUCAUUAUUUAAAA